UGACCAUAAUAACGCCAAAGAGAAGAGUGAAGACGUUUGUAAUUUGUCUUUUGCUGUUUGGCGCCUUUCGGCACUGAAAGCCCGGUGUAAUUUUUUUGUAAUUUAGUUAAACUAUCAUCGCAGUGAGAGCUUGAUAAUAUCACAAAAUAUGGGUGAUAAAGGAGAUGGAGAAACAUUUGAUGAUGCUGUCGAAGAAAGAGUUAUCAACGAAGAAUAUAAAAUAUGGAAAAAGAACACACCGUUUCUUUAUGAUCUGGUUAUGACCCAUGCUCUAGAAUGGCCCUCUUUAACCGCUCAGUGGCUUCCCGACGUAACCAGACCAGAAGGAAAAGAUUACUCUGUACACAGACUUAUCUUGGGCACACACACAUCCGAUGAACAGAACCAUUUGCUUAUUGCAAGUGUUCAACUACCAAAUGAAGAUGCACAAUUUGAUGCUAGUCAUUAUGAUAAUGACAAAGGAGAGUUUGGUGGCUUCGGUUCAGUCUCAGGAAAGAUAGAUAUAGAAAUUAAAAUAAAUCAUGAAGGUGAAGUGAACAGGGCUCGUUAUAUGCCCCAGAAUCCUUGUGUUAUUGCUACCAAGACUCCUUCAUCAGAUGUUCUGGUCUUUGACUACACAAAGCAUCCUUCCAAGCCAGAACCUUCAGGAGAAUGCCAUCCAGAUCUAAGGUUGCGUGGUCAUCAAAAAGAAGGCUAUGGUUUGUCAUGGAACCCCAAUCUAAAUGGAUAUCUUCUUUCAGCAAGCGAUGACCACACUAUAUGCUUGUGGGACAUCAAUGCCACUCCCAAAGAGGGACGAGUAAUCGAAGCUAAGUCGGUGUUUACUGGGCACACAGCUGUAGUAGAGGAUGUGGCCUGGCACCUCUUGCAUGAGUCCCUAUUUGGGUCUGUUGCUGACGACCAGAAACUUAUGAUUUGGGAUACCAGAUGUAACAACACAUCGAAACCCUCUCACACAGUGGAUGCUCAUACAGCGGAAGUGAAUUGUCUCAGCUUUAACCCAUACUCCGAGUUCAUAUUGGCAACUGGAAGUGCUGACAAAACCGUCGCCUUAUGGGAUCUCCGAAACUUGAAGUUGAAGCUUCACUCUUUCGAGUCUCACAAGGAUGAGAUAUUCCAAGUGCAAUGGUCACCGCACAACGAGACCAUACUGGCUAGCAGCGGUACUGACAGGAGACUGCAUGUGUGGGAUCUGUCCAAAAUCGGUGAAGAACAGACAGCGGAGGAUGCAGAAGACGGUCCCCCCGAGUUGCUCUUCAUCCACGGAGGUCACACUGCCAAGAUCUCUGACUUCUCCUGGAACCCUAACGAGCCGUGGGUCAUCUGUUCAGUUUCUGAGGAUAAUAUUAUGCAGGUAUGGCAAAUGGCCGAAAACAUUUACAAUGAUGAAGAACCGGAGACACCCGCCUCUGAACUGGAAUCUAGUGUCAACGUAAACCACGGAUAGUGACUACACAUUAGGAAGGGUUACACAUAUAUUUUACGUAACGGUCAGGUGUGGCGGGAGAUUUAAAACGGCAAGUUUGAAGAAUACAAUAAAUUCGCGCUUAUAUGUUUAAGAAAUUUGUUCAAACAUGCCACACAAUUACAGUAAUGCCUGGUUUCUCUAUCUCCUGUCAGAACUUUUAUUGAGGUCUUUGUACUAAACAUGUCAAGUUUUAAUGGCGUAUCUGAACCAGCCAACAGUGAAAAAAUUUUGUAUUGAAAAAAUUAUUGUAAAAAUGUAAAAAUUUUUGGUACUGUACUAUUAAGAAUUUCGGAAUAGUGUUGGUUCUCCCCGCUUUGAUCAUACGAAUAACUAGGCCCAUAUUCAAAACAAGAUAGAAAUUAAAAAUAGCGCCAUCUUGUGGUAACCGACAGACAUUAAGAAAAUUUAUAGUGAGCACUUAUUAGCUACGUAAAUUCUUAAAAAACUGCCAUUGUGUCUAAGUUAACGCGUGAUAUCAGGAGCACAUUAUCGAAACAAUAACUGGUUUGAUACCCGAUCAAACAUUUGUAGACAGACUUGUCUAAAAAUAAUCAAAUAUAUAGACAUGUUUGACCACAUCGAGUUCCACAAAAGAGAAAUAGCACCGGAGUCUUCAAGAAAUUAGUACUAUUUUCAAAUUUAGUGAAAACUUAUCUUGACAGUUCAAUAGUAUUAGAAUAUGGGGCCUAUGUUUUUAUCUCAUUGACAAUUUUAUAGAUUUGUUUCACUUGUAUAACCGCCAAUCAUUAAUAGUUAUGUAUUUCUAUAAACCUUAUUUUGAAAAUUGAAAAUCGAUAGUACAACGGAAAACUUAUCAAUUCCCCAAAUCAUAUUCACUGUUACUUUUAUUUAGGGUCCAAUACGAAGAAAGCCUGAAUUGUUUUGUCAUAAAUAAUAUAAUUAACACUAGCAACACUGAGAGUUGCUGGCAACUCACGAGACCUCAGCAAUGAACAAUAGGACCCUAAAUAAAUAAUGAAUCUCUUCCAGAUUUAUUUUAUAUACUUUAUGUUUACAGUAAAUGCUUUUAAUAAUUUUUGUCAUGAGAGGAUUCCAAUAUUAUUUAUUAAGUUAUUAUAAGUCACAAUUCGCCGAUACAGUUGUAUGCUCGGUGACGCGACUGAAUGUCUAAUGAAAUAGUUUAAGUUCUUCUAAUUAUUACGAAUUAAAUAAGGUAAUGAUUUAA